AUGGACAGUCGUCGGAGAUCAGAUGCGAGCACUCCUGUGGAGACUGACUCGCCUGGCUCAGUGGACACACCGGCCACAGAGUCGUCCGUGCUAUUCGACAAUCUCGAUGAGCUUCUGCAAAGAUUGCCAUCGGAAAAUCAGCAUAUCCUCGUCACCGGUGGCUUGGGUUUUAUUGGAAGCCAUACAACCCUGGAGUUGCUCAAGGCCAACUAUAAUGUCAUUGUCAUUGACAACCUCAGCAAUGCGUUCAAGGUAGUCUUCGACCGUAUCAGUGACCUUGCCCAAAAGUUCCACAACGAAAAUGGAACAAAAAUGCCAUCUUUGAGGCUACACCAACAUGAUUAUAGAGAUACUGGAUCUCUUCGACCUCUGCUGGAGGAAUACCAGCUCCCGUCACGAUGGGGAUCCCCAAAAUCCAAGAUCGCAGGUGUGAUCCACUUUGCGGCUUAUAAGGCCGUCGAAGAAAGCAUUCGACACCCGUUGAAGUAUUAUGCCAAUAAUGUCGGCGGUCUGAUCGACUUCGCGACGACUCUUGGUGAUUUUGGCAUCAAGACUUUCAUCUUCUCUUCUUCAGCAACCGUGUAUGGCACUCUUGCGACUUCGGGUCUGCCGUUAAAGGAGGAGCUUUGCGUACACAAGACAGAAGAGUACACCGACGACGCAGGUGUUGUGCAAACAGCUCAGCCCGGAUCCACGGGUAUCACGAAUCCCUAUGGACGCACAAAAUGGAUCUGUGAAAGUAUUCUUGCCGAUCUUGCGGAGUCCGAUUCCGAAUGGACCAUCGUCGCGCUUCGAUACUUCAACCCAGUCGGGUGUGAUUCUUCUGGUGUUCUGGGCGAGGACCCGAGACAGGCUCCCACCAAUCUUCUCCCUGUUGUCACCAAGGUGAUGACUGGUGAGUAUACUCAGCUGCAGAUGUUCGGAAGCGACUGGGAUACUGUGGAUGGCACUGCGGUCCGAGACUUCAUCCAUGUCACUGACCUGGCUCGUGGUCACAUUGCAGCUCUCAGCACUGCGAAUGAAGGGAGAUUGAUUGAGAACUUCCGCACAUUCAACCUCGGCACAGGAUGUGGAAAUUCCGUUUUGGAUGUGGUCACUACCAUGGAGGCUGUUUCCUCUAAGCCCAUCGCUCGAAAGGAAGCCGAUCGUCGCCCAGGUGACGUUGGGUACUGUGUCGCAGUCGCAGACCGAUCCCGGGAAGAGCUCAAAUGGCAAACGGAGAAGUCUUUGAAAAAUGCUUGUGAAGAUAUUUGCAACUUCUUGCAUGUGAGCGGCCUGACCCCGCAACAAUCUUCUUGA